CUCGCCUGUCAUCGCGAGGCGAUCGAACAAUUCCUCGAACUCUGAUAAAACGUCCGAUUAAAUACUUUGCACCCUUGUCCAGCCGCAUUUCCAAUUAAAAGUGAUGGCUGCCGCAAGUGCACGACUGUUUUCGCGGGUGAAAGAUGGCUUCACCACCAGCAUCCGAUUCGCGAGCUACGAGGCGACGCGAAAGAAUCUGAAGCUCAACUCCAACUCUAAGGUGAUCUGCCAAGGUUUCACCGGUAAACAGGGAACGUUCCACUCGCAGCAGGCCAUCGAGUAUGGCACGAAGCUGGUCGGCGGAGUGUCACCCGGCAAGGGCGGCCGUACCCAUCUGGAUCAGCCAGUGUUCAACACGGUUGCGGAAGCGAAGAAAACAACGGGAGCCGACGCCACCGUCAUCUACGUGCCACCGCCUGGGGCGGCGAAGGCCAUCAUGGAGGCCAUCGAGGCGGAAAUGCCGCUGAUCGUCUGCAUUACCGAAGGAGUUCCACAGCACGACAUGGUGAAGGUGAAGCAGGCGCUGCUUUCCCAAAACAAGUCCCGCCUCGUCGGCCCCAACUGCCCCGGAAUCAUUGCACCCGAGCAGUGUAAAAUCGGUAUUAUGCCGGGACACAUUCACAAGCGCGGUAAGAUCGGAGUUGUGUCCCGGUCCGGAACACUGACCUACGAAGCCGUUCACCAGACGACCGAGGUUGGCCUUGGACAGACGCUUUGCGUCGGCAUCGGCGGUGAUCCGUUCAACGGCACCGAUUUCAUCGACUGCCUGGAAGUGUUCCUGAAGGACCCGGAUACCAAGGGCAUCAUUCUGAUCGGUGAGAUCGGUGGUGUAGCCGAGGAGAAUGCUGCCGAUUACCUAAUGCAACACAACCAGGGUAUCAAAGCGAAACCGGUCGUAUCGUUCAUUGCCGGUCUGUCGGCCCCGCCCGGACGUCGAAUGGGACACGCCGGUGCCAUCAUCUCCGGAGGCAAGGGAGGCGCUCAGGAUAAGAUCAAUGCUCUCGAGAAGGCCGGCGUGAUCGUCACGAGAAGCCCGGCCCAGAUGGGCAAGGAACUGUUCAAAGAAAUGAAGAGAUUAGAGCUGGUCUAAGAAAUCGAACCAACGGCUCACGUAAAGGCGGGAGAGGAAAAGGAAUCGUGCGAAAAGUGCCCCAAGUGCACCGGCUAAAUAGAUAGUUGUGUUAUGCCAAGUC